AUGAUGCAUUUCACGCUUCUAGGUUUGGUCCUUGCUGGAUCAGUAGUAGCAAAAAACGUUACUUAUAACGUCGUUACUCUGGAUCCAACCGUGAACAGAAUGUGCGUCUCGAUCGAUGAUGCCGUGUAUCUCCUUUCAAAAUCCCGGGCCUCUCCGUUACUGUAUACUGGCCAAGGUCCCAUGGGGUCUUCAUACAAAUACUGCGUUGUCGAUCAUGAAAACAGGGUUUCUGAGAGUGAAGAAUUCUCUCGUCCUGGUACGAUCAAGGGCAACUCCACUAUGAAUGAAAUUUACAAAAGAACCCAAACCGUGCAUGACAUUCCCAAGCUUCCAACGCUCUGGAAAUAUAACUACCAAGAUAGCCUUAAUCCGCUACUGCAUCCCGACGGUCACAUUGCUACUAUCCACUUUCAGUCGACGAAGAAUGCCGCGGUAGCUCUCCACUCCAACGUUACCGAAGACGUUAAAGUUCUUGGAAAUCUGACGUUUAUAAGCCACAACGACGUUCAAUUUAUCAAAGAAGCGCAGAUUAAGCUCUCGGGCCGAUCAUCCAGAAUGUGGGCCAAGCAGUCGUACAACAUUAAAGUGAAAGGCAAAAAAGAGGACCUUUACGGUCUUAAAAAGUUCAAAUUGCGAGCUGAGCCAAAUGAUCCAACUUAUAUGCGAGAAAAGCUGUACUACGACAUCCUCAGAAAGAGCGCCUCCGUCCCCGCCCGAGGAACUUCCUGGGUUCGUGUCAUCAUGGAUAACACGCCCAUUGGACUCUUCUUGAUGGCGGAUCAGCUAGAUAAGCAUUGGCUCAAAGCUGCCUUCAAUGGCGACAAUGAUGAUAGCACUACCGGUGUGCUCUACAUGGGCAAUUAUGUUCUCCAGAACAGCACAGCCAAAAAGCAAUAUACAUCGGAUUUGUCGUAUUUGGGAGAUGAUCCGCUUUCCUAUGGAGUCAAUGACGCCUACUUGUUGAAAGCUAAAUCGUCCGACAAAGAAAAUAAGGACUUUACCAGGCUGGCGGAAUUCACCAAGCAAAUUGCCGACUCCAAAGGACUCUCUGCCAAAGCAUGGAAGAACAUCAUGGAUGUCGACGUAUUUCUCAUAAACAUGGCCAUAGAGUUCUUGCAAGGCCAUAUGGAUGGAUACCAAAACAAUCAAAACAAUUACUAUGUCUAUGAUCACAAUGGCAAGUGGACCUGGCUCUCCAAUGACGUGGACUAUGUCAUGGGCAACUCUAUUGGUAAUCAAACCAAGCUCUGGACCGGCGACUACACUCAGUUUGGUGACAUGUCAAAACGGCCACUCAUGAAAGCGAUCUUGGCUGUACCCGAGUUCCGUACUGCGUAUGAACAAUGUAUUACUCGACUUGUGAACCAAUUGUACAACCUGGAUAUUCUAGGACCAAGAAUCGAUGCUCACCAGGCGAUGCUUUCUGAAGACGUCGCAUGGGACCACAGCUUACCAAAAAUGAUCAAUGAGGUAUCCAACCCUGGUUUGGAAGGAAUCGAAAAGAUCCAAGACUAUGUAUCAAAGCUGACAAAGAUGGACGCUGAGAUUGAUGUUAAGGAUUACCAUGAACGAUUGCAUUCUCCCAAUUUAACCUUUGAGCAGGCUAUCAAUGGUGUCACCGGUCACUCUACUCUCUACGGACUAAAGCAAUGGAUUACAAACAAGGCAGAGAAUAUCAAGCAGUCCCUGCAUAUUUCUUAAGGAGAAAAAUCUCCCCAAAUGUUGUCAUGACCGACAAAGAUUACCACCACAUUACUUCACAUCCUUCCUUCUGCUUGUUCUAUGUUUACCAAACGCC